UAAUAUGGAAGUAGUUGUCAUUCUGUUGCUCGUUGCUAAAAUAUUGAGCGCUACAUUUCAGAACUCCGAUUCAGUUCAAUGAGAGUCUUUCGUGCUAAAGGACCUCUCUGUUGUUGAAAUUCUUUUUUUUUCAUCCUUUUCACUUUACAUUUCUAUUUUAAGUUUUAUUUGUAAUAAAGAUAAUAAUUUGAGUGAAACAAAAGUGAAAUAAAACAAUAAAAAAUGAGCUGAAAAUGGUCACCCGCGCAUCAAGUGUACCGCAUUCUAUAAACAAAAUAAAUACAUCACGUAAUCGAAAGCCCCAACAAACACCCCCAAAACAUAAGGAUAAUGUACCACGGUCGAGAAGUUUAAAUAAUGGGAUUCGACAAAGGAAUUCCGGGGGUAGUAGUAGUAAUGACAGAUCACGGAAUACACCUGUCUUUCUACGAUCCCGUGAUAAUGAAAUUGGAAGUGCGGAUACCUUGGAAAUUGUCGCAUCCAAAUCUACUGGAAGCGAACCCUCAACUCCAGAUGACAAUAUAAAUGUGGUUGUUCGUGUGAGACCAUUAAAUGAAAAAGAGAAACGCGGAAAUCCUGAUUUGAUUUUACAAUUUCCUGGAAAUGGACAAGUUUUGAUUGAAGGUCAAGGUUCGGGUACGAAGGCGUCCCGAAAUCGAGAAAAUGUUAAGGUCUACACAUAUAAUGUUGUGUUUGAGCCUGGAGCGACACAAGACGAUAUUUUGGAUUAUUCUGGAGUUAAAAGAAUCAUUGAAAUGGCAAUGGAAGGAUUUAGUUGUACUGCUUUUUGUUAUGGUCAAACGGGAUCGGGCAAAACACAUACCCUAACUGGACCACCAGAAUUGUUUGCUGGAAAGCCAAAUCCAAAAGAUCGACGCCAUGGACUUAUCUUCCGAUCGUUUUUGUACCUCUUCCAGUUGAUUAAGAAUCGCAAGGAAACAAAUUUCAUAUUGAAGGCUUCAUUUUUAGAGAUUUAUAACGAAAAGGUCAUUGAUUUACUCAACCCAGGAUCAGCCCGCAAGCCACUAGCGGUAAGGUGGUCGAAAAAGUCUGGAGGCUUUUUUGUGGAGAACCUGUUUACUGUUGACUGUGAGGAACUGGAUGAUUUGUUAGCCGUACUCGAAGAAGGAAUGCGAAAUCGAGCAACAGGAUGUCAUCAAAUGAACGAACAUUCGUCAAGAUCACAUACCAUUCUUACAGUUCACAUUAUUUCUGAACAACAAGCUGGUGGAAAUGUUUUUAUUUCGAAACAUGGUAAAAUAAAUUUCGUUGAUCUAGCGGGAAGCGAAUUAACAAAGAAAACAUUAAGCGAAGGCAAAACUCUUGAAGAAGCUAAUAAUAUAAACAAAAGCCUUAUGGUUUUGGGCUACUGUAUUGCGUCACUAAGUGAUACGAGGAAACGCAGCGGACACAUACCUUACAGAGAUAGUCAGCUAACAAAACUUCUAGCUGACAGCCUGGCGGGAAAUGGAGUCACCCUGAUGAUAGCUUGUGUUUCACCAUCUCAAUACAAUUAUGCUGAAACUUUAAAUACUCUUCGGUAUGCUGCUCGAGCAAAAUUAAUCCGAACUAAACCCGUCAUUAUGAUGGACCCCAGAGAAGCUCUUAUUCUGAGUCUCAAGCGUGAUAUCCAUUCCUUAGAAUUAGAAAAUGAUCACUUAAAAACAGCUUUGAAUCUUCAUCAUGAAACGCAUAUCACUUCGGAUGUGGCUGUAACAACAGAACCAAAUGUUCCAAAAGUACCUUUAGAACGGUUAUCAGAAUUGGAGGGAUCGGAUUUGGCAGAUUUGGUGAAGCUUUACAUGCAGGAAAAUGAGACACUGAGACAGGAGAACUCACAUCUUUGCACAAUAAGAGAAAUAAUAAUGCGCGAUCAGGAAAUUGUUUGCAGGGAAAAUGAACGUUUGCUCAAAAAAUUGGAGGAUGUUAACAAAGUUUGUGUUCGUUCACCGUUAAUUCCAUCUCGACCAGCGCUAUCUUCAAAUUCUGGUAGCGAAGGUGAUACAGAGAUUUGGACAAAUCCUCGUGAUGCUGAGUCACCAUUGAAUAAAGAUCUUGUUGGACGAAUUUCAGAAAAUAAAGAUCGAAUUUCUGAAGAAGCUCAGAGAGCAAUAGAUAAGAGGCGAAUUGGAAAGAAUAUUCUGCACAUGGCAGACAAUUUUCGGAUGUAUGAUGACAAAAAGAGGCAGAAUGAAAGUGAAUACAUGCCAGAUAUGUUGGUUUGAUUAUUUAGAAAAGGGACCUUUCAACAUACUUUCUUGAAAAUUAAUAUUUUUUUAAAAAUAAUAUUAAAAGUAAUUUGAAUUUUUAAAAAAUGUACCUAUAAUAAACAAUAA